UCGUAGAUAUACUACAUGUGGUCUAAUUGCGGAGGUUCAAACAUUGGGUAUGUGUGUGUUUGGACGCCUAAUCUGGACGAGCCAAAAAAAUUUUCUAAAAAAUUUUCAAAAAAUUUUUGAAAAAAAUUUUUUUUAAAAAAGAUACAACAGAAAUGCUUAAAUUGCUUAUUUCAACAAUUGACAGUAAUUUAUUUUCUGAUAGAAUUUAUGUAAUUGCUGAUUCUGAUAAAUUGAGUCAUACAAAAGUUUCUGAUUUUGAAAAACAAACAGAAAAAAAUAAUUUUUUAAUUUACAAAAUUCCAAGAGCCAGGAAUGUUGGGCAAUCCUAUUGUUCUUCUAUUCUAACAACUUUAAUAGCUUCUUGGCAUUCUGCAAAACUUUUAAGGAUAACUAGGUGA